UGCCGCCGGGGCGCUGACGGCUUUGUGCAGUGUUUAUUAAAACCAAAGAGUGCAGCUCAGUGGUUUCAGGAAGUGCAGAAGUUGUUGUUGGAGGUCUUCAACUAACCGGAAUAUACAGCAGGACAUUGUGCAGUUCAUCUGUCAUGGCUGAACCCAGAAUAUCUUCAAUUGAUGGGAAGUUAGCUGAAGAGUUUGCUGUUCCCUCCCACGUCGAGGAGGUCAAAGAGAAGAUGGCUGCCUUUGCCAGGAAUCACGCAGAAGCAGGCCGCAGGGUUGUCCUCAUCACAUCUGGAGGCACCAAGGUUCCCCUCGAGUCCCGCACGGUUCGCUUCCUUGAUAACUUCAGCAGCGGCAGACGGGGAGCCGCCUCGGCAGAGUAUUUCAUAGACUCCGGCUAUGCUGUCAUUUUCCUACACAGGCAUCGCUCCCUUUAUCCCUACUCUCGCAUGUUCUUAACCAUAAACAUGCUCGACGCCCUGCAGUUUAGAGGUGAAGAAGGAGCAUCUAGUAACACCGGUGAAGUGGUGGUUAACCAACAGGUGCUUCCAAACAUUGCCAAAGUGCUGAAGCGAUACCGUGAAGUCAAAGAUGGCGAGCUUCUCCUUCCCAUUGAGUUCAGCACUCUGUCAGAGUAUCUGCAUCUGCUCAAAGCAGCGGCACAGGCACUCAGCACAAUAGGAUCAAAGGCCAUGUUUUACUUGGCUGCUGCUGUGUCUGAUUUCUACAUCCCAGCGUCAGAGAUGCCUGAACACAAGAUCCAGUCUUCCAAUGGUCCUCUUCAACUCAGUAUGAAGAUGGUCCCCAAAAUGCUGUCCCCACUGGUGAAGGAAUGGGCGCCUCAGGCUUUUGUUACAUCCUUCAAGCUUGAGACAGAUGCGACCAUCCUGCUGGACAAGGCUCGACGGGCUCUGGACACCUACAGGCACCAGGCGGUGGUGGCUAACGUACUGGACUCCAGACGGGGUUAUGUGGUGGUGGUGACCCCUGAGACUCAGGCUGAGCUGAUCCUCACUGAUGAGGAUGUGAAGAACGAGGUGGAGAUAGAGGAGAGGAUAGUGAGCAACCUCACAUCGGCACACAGCAAAUUCAUAACUCAGCAAGCGGUUUGACUGUAAUUACGUGCAUGUCUGAGUCAAAGAUGCAGAUGGAAGUUGCUGGUUUAUGUGCUCUUACCUGUUCCAGGCUUGAGUUUGGCUUAAAUUCAUACUUGCCUGUUUUGCUAACAAGUUCCUCCGUAUUUAGUAGGACACAUGGCUGCAUAAGUUUAGUAAAAUGGUAACGUCUAACAGA